AUGUUGUCAUAUUAAUAAAGUUCUACGGCUUAUAUUAUAUGCAGUCCGAUGGGAUAAGGUCUGGAGAUUUUUCAUUCAUCAUCAAACCUAUACCGAAUAUAAAUUAGAUUGAAAUUUUUCACUUUUUUCAUUAGUUACAUUUUAUUCUUUCUUUGUAUAUCAAUUAACUUAAUAUCAUAUAUUUACAAUGUCUACUACUCCUGUUAUAUUACAUUUAAGAGCUGAAACUAAGCCUUUAGAACACAGAGCUGCUUUAACCCCAACCACCACCAAACAAUUGAUUGAUGCUGGAUUCCAAAUUUUUGUUGAAGAAAGUUCUCAAUCUAUUUUUAAGUCUGAAGAAUAUGAAAAAGUUGGUGCUACCAUUGUCCCAGAAGGUUCUUGGCCAAAUGCUCCAAAGGAAAGAAUUAUAAUUGGUUUAAAGGAAUUACCUGAAAACGAAACUUUCCCAUUAGUUCAUGAACAUAUUCAAUUUGCUCAUUGUUAUAAGGAUCAAGGUGGAUGGAAAGACGUUUUAAAGAGAUUUCCAGAAGGUAAAGGUACUUUAUACGAUUUAGAAUUCUUAGAAAAUGAUCAAGGUAGAAGAGUUGCAGCUUUUGGUUAUUAUGCUGGAUUUGCUGGUGCUGCUAUUGGUGUCAGUGAUUGGGCCUUCAAGCAAACCCAUCCUGAUUCUGAAAACUUACCAGGUGUUGAAGCUUAUCCAAAUGAAGAUGCUUUGCUUGUUGAUAUUAAAAAGGAUUUGGCUGCUGCCUUAGCUGUCAAUGGUGGUAAAUAUCCAACUGGAUUGGUUAUUGGAGCUUUAGGUAGAUGUGGAUCUGGUGCUGUUGAUUUAUUCAAGAAAGUUGGUAUUCCAGAUGCCAAUAUAAUUAAGUGGGAUAUGAAAGAAACUGCUCCAGGUGGACCAUUCAAAGAAAUUGUUGAAAGUGAUAUUUUUGUCAAUUGUAUUUACUUAUCACAACCAAUUCCACCAUUCGUCAACUACGAAACUUUAAAUGUUCCAGAUAGAAAGUUAAGAACCAUUGUUGAUGUUUCCGCUGAUACCACCAACCCACACAAUCCAAUUCCGGUAUAUACCAUUGCCACUGUGUUUAACGAUCCAACUGUUCCAGUUGAAACUAAAGUCGGUCCAAAGUUAUCAGUUUGUUCUAUUGAUCACUUACCUUCUUUAUUACCAAGAGAAGCUUCAGAAUUUUUCUCCAGAGAUUUAUUACCAUCUUUAUUAUUAUUACCACAAAGAAAUACUGCUCCAGUUUGGGUUAGAGCCAAACAAUUAUUCGAUAAGCAUGUUGCUAGAUUAAGUUAAACUUGGAUCUUAUUUGUACAGCUUGAUUUUCAAUUCUCUACUUGUUAAUUUU